GAAUAGGGAAACUUGAAGGGCAAGAGAGAUGGACCAUGAUGUCCAUUGGGAGGGCAACAAGUUGGAGUAAUCCCAAGGGGGUUGCCUUGAGGGGUGUCCUGUUAGCUCACACAGACCCCCAAACACACCCAUGGUCUGUCCCUUGUCCCCACAAGGUCACAACCUCACAUGAUUUUGUUUCUCCAUCUUUUUCAAAUCCUGUUAGUUCCACAAUAUAAAUAUUUGUAUAUAUAUCCCCGUUCCCUUCCAACCCUCUUCAAUUUUCCAUCAAAUCUCUCUAAACUCUUCUCUCUUGCUCUAAUAUUCCUCUCAAAAUCUAAACCUUUUACCCCCAAACAAGUUUUACAUCAGCAGCAAUUUAAAGAAGAUGGCUAUCAGGAAAUCAAACAAGUUGCCUCAAACAGCAGUCAUCAAGCAAAUCCUGAAAAGGUGCUCAAGCUUAGGAAAGAAACAGAGCUAUGAUGAUGAAGAAGGACUCCCUUUGGAUGUCCCAAAAGGACAUUUCGUUGUGUAUGUUGGUGAAAACAGAAGCAGAUACAUUGUGCCCAUUUCUUUCUUGAGCCGACCGGAGUUCCAAAGCUUGCUUCAUCAAGCUGAAGAAGAAUUCGGUUUUGAUCACGAGAGAGGACUCACCAUUCCUUGUGAAGAAGUUGUUUUCCAGUCUCUAACAUCCAUGCUCAGAUGAAAACAAACAACACACGUCAAACUCGAAACUAUUUUUGAUGAAUACGAUUGAGAUGAAGCUGCUUCAGUUCUUCCUUAAUUUACCAAGUUGUUUAAACUCUGACCCAAAAACCCAUAGAUAUUAUUUAAUUUAUGUGGGUUUUAGGAUUGUAAAUCUGAGAAAGUUUGAGAAUUUGCUUUAGUGAAGAUGUGGUUGUAUAUCAACUACCAAUCUACCCUGUGACUCUGUGAGGAAAUAGAGCUAAUAUCAAGGAUAUUUGGCGUUACCCAUUGUCCCCAUUCAUCUUAUUUUCUUUUCUCUGCAUCUUUGUUCACACACGCCCUCUCAAUCAUCUGUUUUCAAAGUUAGGCACACGGCUGCCAGCUUUUCAUGGGAUCAUGAAUGGUUAAGGAGAAAAAGAAGAAUCUAGUUUUGUAAUUUGUAACCAAACUUCCGUAAUUUAAGUUAGCUAGCUUUGUUUGAUUCUCGUUUCCGGUUUUCCAUGUGUGCGGUGCGGUGUUUCUUCACGUUGGAGUCUGUAAACUAUUUAUAUAUAUAAACUUUAACUUGCUUCUAUCAGA